AGGCAGCGUGCAUGUGGAGGAGUCUGCUCUUCAAGCACAAAGACAGAAGACUCCCUCUCAAGCCUCCACAGUUUUUCCCUUCACUUUCAGUUUGGACUUGUUAAAGACACCUUCUUCUGUGUUCCAAUGAGAUUUGGACCUCCUCCUCCUCUUCCUCAGACAUUCUGGGUGACUUGGCAGAAGUUGCCCAGGUCACGGUGACUUUCAAGGCAUGGACACGAUGUAAACAUUGGAAGAUAAAACUGAGGGGAAGACGAAAGAAGAGGAGGAGGAAACAAACUCAACUUGUUAUUUUUAGAGAUAGACACAGGAUGAUCCCGCCAGCCAACACUCAGACUCAGGACGAAAGUGGGGGGAAAGAGGAAGAGCGGGACCAGAAUGAGACUCCUAAAUCUCCAACCAACACUGCCAACCAGGAGACCAAGACGGUGAGGCCCGAACACCCCAAACGGAAGUUGCAGAAGCUCAAGCGCUCUUUGUCCUUCAAGACUAAGAGCAUCCGCAGCAAGAGCGCCGACAACUUCUUCCGGAGCAGUGGCGACAACAAGACGGAGCUGCUCUCCGACGUGAGCAGCAGCACGGGCCACCUCUACAUCGGGAUGGCACCACCACACACCACCAGCCUGCCCAUCCCUCCGGUCCCGCCCGCCAUUCCCUGUGCUCCUCCUCCCACGUCACGCUCCCAGACACGCAACCCUCUGCAGGUGGACUCGGCCGGGCACUGCUUCAUGGAGCACAUCUUCAAGAAGCCCACCUUCUGUGACGUCUGCAACCACAUGAUCGUAGGUACCACAGCCAAGCACGUGGUGUUCCUGGCGGGCAACACGGCAAAGCAUGGCCUGCGCUGCAAAGCCUGCAAGAUGAGCCUCCACCACAAAUGUGAGAACGGCGUGGGACAGCAGCGCUGCAUGGGAAAACUGCCAAAAGGAUUUAGGCGCUACUACAGCUCGCCAUUACUGAUCCAGGAACAGUACGGCUGCAUCAAAGAAGUCAUGCCCAUUGCUUGUGGCAAUAAGGUGGACCCUGUCUAUGAAGCCCUGAGGUUCGGGACGUCGUUGGCUCAAAAGGCCAAGAGGACCAGUGGUUCGGACUCUCCCCAAAGAAAUUCGACCAGUGACUUGGAUAAUGUUCCAGAGGAAGCGGUGGCUCACAGCAGCAGACAGGAGCUGUCAAGAAAGCACAGUGAUGAUGUUUUCACGGUUAUGGAGAACGGGGCAGAGCAUUACCACCCACUUGAGAGAACGCCCCACGACUCUGAGCUGGAGGACAGCCAGCUUCACAAAGAUGCACUCAAGCUCAACACCUACGUGGCCUUGUACAGCUUCACUCCUCAAGAGAGCCAUGACCUGGAGAUGAGGGCAGGAGACAGAAUAUUUCUAGCUGAUGACUCCAAUGAUGAUUGGUGGAAGGUUGUGGAUGAACACAGACAUCUGGCCUGUUUGAAUACUUUCACAAGACACAACCCCCACGGGGUAAUUGAGGACAGGAUCGGAUUCUUCCCGGCAUCCUUCGCGCAUCAGCUGAGGGUGGGAGACCAGGUUUUUCGAUGUAACAGGACGUUUAUUGGCUGCAAGGAGCAAGGCCAGAUCACACUGAAGGAGGGACAGAACCCAGCCAAAUUUUGUCACAUCAGUGAGCUUGAAUACAGCGAUGCAGCAUCAUGCAAUCAGAUCAUUAAAUGAUGUGUCUUGCAUGAUAUACAAAAUGGACAUUUAUCUCCUUUCGAAAGUACAGACACUUUCAUACAGACAUUGAGCAAAUGUAUCCAUCUGUGGCUUUUAUACAGGAACUAUUGAAAUUGGACAUUGUUGCAACUGCAUGUGCUCUCACACAGUGUCCCGCAAAACAGAUAAUUAGAUGAUGGAAUGUAUCAGUAACAGUGUCCCCUUUUACACAGCCAGUGAAAAGAGGUAUUUUCUGUCUCACUGUUCCAUAUAAACAAGUUCCAGUCAGUAGCCUCUUUCAUACAGACAUCCCGCACAUUCAUCCACCUGUGGCUUUUAUACAGAACCCUUCAAAUUUUGAUGUUGCAACUGUGUGUGCUUUCACACAGCAUCCCGCAAUCAGAUAUCAUCUUAUCCCCUUAUCUGCCUUUGGCGGUAGUCACCCCUUUCAUACAGACAUCCUACAAAUGUAUCCAUCUGUGGCUUUUACACAGGAACUAUUGAAAUUGGACAUUGUUGCAACUGCAUGUGCUCUCACACAGUGUCCCGCGAAACAGAUAAUUAGAUGAUGGAAUGACGUAAAAUACAGUAUCAGUAACAUUAUCCCUUUUUACACAGCCAGUGAAAACAGGUAUUUUCUGUCUCACUGUUACAUAUAAACAAGUUCCAGUCAGUAGCUUCUUUCAUACAGACAUCCUGCACAUUCAUCCACCUGUGGCUUUUAUACAGAACCCUUCAAAAUUUGAUGUUGCAACUGUGUGUGCUUUCACACAGCAUCCCGCAAUCAGAUAUCAUCUUAUCCCCUUAUCUGCCUUUGGCGGCAGUCACCCCUUUCAUACAGACAUCCUACAAAUGUAUGCAGGAGUGGAUUUUUAUACAGAACCCUUUGAAAUUGGACAUUGUCACAACUAUGUGCUAACCCCGCCUUUGUUAUGGCUCUGAUACUGGCUCAGAAUGCAAAAAACUUGUCAGGUCAACUUUGUCCCACCAAUCCGUGUUGUUUACACAGAACAGCCGUAUGGCAAAAAGGUGGAAAAAUGUCAGGUUUUACAGCUGUUCAUUGUACAAAAGGCUGGUGUUACCUAUUUACCAAUAAGAGUUCAUUGUUUUUCUUUGUUAGAGCUUCUUGUUUGGACCAAUGUGACAUGGUUUUUGCAGUUUGGUGUGACUUCCAAAGCAUUUUGAAAAUAAUUCCUGCACCUUUAUACAGAUCCUCACCAAGUUUUAAUGGGUGUGUUUUUUCACGUAAUCAUGCCAACUGUGCCUGUCAUACGAUUUACCAUUGCUGCUAUGAAAAACAAGGCAAAAGUACUACAACCAAUGUUUUGGGGACGCAUUGAUCAGCCUUCUUCCCCUCCCAUGUGUUGUGCCCACCUAUGUGACUCGUCCUCCUUCUUCAGAAGUUCUUUUCUCCCUGAUGGAUGUACCCACACAUACGUACACGACUGAUCCGGCAAAUCUGCAUGUAGCUUAAACUUAAAUCAGCCAUCCAUUUUGCCCACAUUGCUUGUGCCUGAGAGAUUCAAACAAUUCCCCAGUGGAGACAAAACCACUGAACACAAGAUCAGACUGUUCCGAAAGAGCCGGGGGAAGCAGGGAACACGAUGUGAUCACUAAGGAGACCACAGGUCACAUGAACACAUUUUCUGGGUUGACUUGAGAGCUCAGCGUGGGCCAAAAUCUCCCUCAAUUUGGACAUUUUUGAAGUCACAGGGUCGUUGACAGUGCAAUGUUACAACUUAACUAAAGGGAGACAAAUUGUACUUUCAUCCACUAUUGGCUUGCAUGAGAAAAAUCUAAAAGAUACUCAGUAUAAUACGUUGUGGUUGUCAACAAAAGUUUUCCUAAUUUUUAGUCGGAGUAACAUUUUAUAUACAAUUUAUGUUAAAUAGGGAAAUGUGUAGUAUUUUUUGACUACACAAGGAUACUGUUUAAAAAUUGAUGCAAUGUCAGCGCCCCCUCUGCUGGACAAACUGUGUAAUGCAACAUUUUGCAGCAUCCUCCUGCAAACUGGGAUUUGAUGACCUAUUGUAUCUCAAUAUUCUGCAAUACUUCCAACUAUUUCAAACUACCACGUGGCCAACAGAAAACAUGCUGGCUCUUACAUAAAAAUACAUUUAUUCGCUCAACUUUGUGUUUGUUGAAUGGGUGUUUUGUAGCUGGAAAUGACAAAUUAUUUUUUUACAUUUUGAUCAAAUAUUCCAUGUUAAAAUUAUUCAGAGCAUACCAUACUUAAUUCAUAUUUUAACUUUAAAUGUAUAUAGAGAAUCAAGGACAAUUCCUCAUGUUAUUGAUACAUUCAGCCUUCUCUUGUUACAUUGUGCGCUAUUUUCCCAGUUUAUCUUUUUUUUGCUUUAUUUUAGUUCUACAAUGCCAAUAAAAAAGAACUACAGGCCACACUUGGGGGGCCCCUGCUCUAGAUUAUUGUAGAAAUUAGCCGUAUUCUUCAAACGACUGCAGGUAUGGGAAGCAUUUUCACAAUUUAACUUAGAAUGUAGCCAGUGUAUGAAUAAUUUUGGGCUUAAUUGUACUUGUCAUGUAAAUGUGAUAAAAUCACUUUGUUGUGACCAGUGGGCGGUUAAAGGGUUUGUUUUUAUUAAAAUUAGCAGCAUAAACAUGUUUAGUAAAAGGGUUUUGAGCAUGUAAACAAAAAUAUAGUGGUGUACUUCUUGUUAGCAUAAACAUAAUACACAUUAAUAUGUGUACAAUAAUUACUUUUUGUGGUUCAAAGCCACCUCUCACAAUAAAGAAAUAUAUUUUGUUAUUAUUAUUAUUAUAUGCUGAAAAAAUAUUGUAAUAAUCACAAUUUUUCUUUCUACUUUUGUGACUUUUUCCACAUUUUAUAUCAUUAUUUGUACCAUCAUUGCCUUUUCUCAGUGAUUGGCUGUUUGUAAUCAAAUGGAUCUGCUGCUUUA